AUGCCAGAAGUCAGCCAGCAGUGCCAGCUUCACACCAGAUCCGGGUCUGCUAUGCUAUCAGGUUGUCUAAUCACAGAGGAAGGUUGUGCUUCUCUAGCUUCAGCGCUGAGCUCAAACCCCUCCUAUUUGAGAGAGCUGGACCUGCGUAAUGACAGCCUGCAGGACUCAGGAGUGAAUUUGUUGCUUGCAGGAUUGGAGGAUCCAUAUUGGAGACUUGAUAUUCUCAGGGUGGACAGUGGUGGAGAGCAGAGGGUAACUCUUGGUCUAAGGAAAUUUGCUUGUGAGCUAACGUUGGACUUGAACACCACACACAAAAACCUGAAACUGUUUGACAACAAUAGGAGGGUGAAAGUACUGAAGCAGCAGCAGCCUUAUCUCGAUCACCCGGAGAAAUUUGAUAUUUUUUGCCAAGUGCUGUGUAAAAAUGGCCUGGCUGGUCGUUGUUACUGGGAAGUUGAGUGGAAAGGAAAAGUUGACGUAGCAGUGACUCACAGAGGGAUCCCAAGGAAAGGCUACAGCAGGGCUUCCAGGUUUGGAGGGAAUGAUCAGUCCUGGUGUUUGACCUGCUCUGAUUACGGUUACUCUGUCUGGCACAAUGAUAGAGAAACAUCCAUCUCCUCCUCCUCCAUCUCUAACAGAGUAGCUGUGUUUGUGGACUGUCCUGCUGGGACUCUGUCCUUCUACAGAGUCUCCUCUGACACUCUGAUCCACCUCCACACCGUCCCCAUCACAUUUAGUCAACUUCUCUAUCCUGGGUUUAGAGUCUGGGAUGGUUCAGUCACUCUUUGUUCAGUGACGGAAUCGGACUGCUGA